CCCCGGCGGUGGGCGGAGGGAUGCAGGUUCCGUCACCGCGGUGAGGGUUGGUCUUCCUGGGUCAGGCACCGCCGCCUCCAUUGUCAGCCCGCUACCGGCGGCAGGUGGGGGACACACACACCCACACGCACUCACACAUCGGGGUUUGGGACCCACAAGGAGAGCCGGGUUGGGCAGGAACCCCGGGACCCCCAGAGUGGGGAGAGCGGAGAAGGGCGCUACCGGAGCUGGGAGACCCCCGACAGCCUGGAGGAUUUCUCAUUCCCAAACCUUGACCAGAUGGAGGAGGAAGCUGGGAGGAAAAGGAAGAUGCUACAGGACACCCAGAUAGGUGAGGAGGAAGUCAUUCCACCUUUCCCCCUCUGUUCUCCUUCAUCUUCCAGCCAAGCAUCACCCCCAGCUGCAGGACAACCCUGCUGCUGUUUGGGGGGCAAUCUCCUUCCCUCUGGCACCAAGGGAAAUCCCCUUCCUCUUCUUUCUUCCUUCCUCUCCUUGUUCCAUUUCUUUCCUUCUUCCUUUUUCUCGUUUCCUUCCUCUCCAGGCAACGAAUUGAGGGCAGAGACCAUGGAGGACAAAUCUGCCUGGCAGAACCUUGGGGAAGAGGCUGUUUUGAAUGGCUCCACUGUGCAGGAAGCCAAUGGGGAGGAAAAGCCACAAACAUUCCCCACAGGAAGCAGCUCCAAACCUAGCACACAGGGCUCUGAGGAGGAAAGACCCACCUUUUGCCAGGAAGGCGGACGGAGCUUCAGCCAGAGCUCUGACCUGGUGGUCCACCAGCGGCUUCAUGAAGUGGAGAAGCCCUACAAGUGCUUGGAAUGCGGGAAGAGCUUCAGGCAGAGCUUCCACCUCAUUCGCCACCAGAGCAUUCACACCGGGGAAGGGCCCUAUAAGUGUCGUGAAUGUGGGAAGAGCUUCAGUGAUGGCUUCACCUUUGCCGCCCACCACCGGGUGCACACAGGGGAACGGCCUUACAAGUGCUUUGAAUGUGCGAAGAGCUUCAGCCAGAGCUCCAACCUCAUCACCCACCAGCGCCUGCACACUGGGGAACGACCCUACAAGUGUCCCGACUGUGGGAAGAGCUUCGUCCGCAGCGCUGACCUUGUAAUCCAUCAUCGUAUCCACACUGGGGAGAAGCCCUACGAGUGUCCCAAGUGUGGGAAGAGGUUUCGGAGCAGCUCAAUUGCCAAUAGGCAUGAGAGGACGCACACAGAGGAGAGGCCCUAUGAGUGUCCUGAGUGUGGGAAGAGGUUUCGGAACAGUUCUCAUCUCAUCAGGCAUCAAUGGACACACACGGGGAAGAGGCCCUACAAGUGUCCCCAGUGUGGGAAGAGCUUCAACCAGAGCUUUACCUUGAUCAGACACCAACAGACUCAUCGAAAAGGGAAGCCCUAUAAGUGUCCCAACUUCAGGACUUUGUCCACUGCUCCAACUUCAUCACCCAUCAGAGAACCGACCUUGGAUUAUCCACAGUGACCCAGGUUGGGUAGAGAUCUGGUGACCCCCAAUCCAGGUUAUCCAUGUUGGGCAGUGUAUUGGGUUUGCGUGGACAGAUCUUGGGCUCAGGGGGCUACAGGGGUGACUUCUGUGAGAAGCUGCCAGAAGCUUCCCCCAUGUCUGUCUGAUUUGCAUCUGUACAAUGUUUAUAAAGAAGCAAUGAACCAUGUUUAAAAAUUCCCUUGGCAAGGGAUGGAGAAGUUAACCUGUUAUAGUUUAACACAUCAAAUUCUACUUUGUAGCACAAAAACACUGCAUAAGCAAAAUAAAGGGCAAGAUGUGCUAGGAAUAGUGGGCUAGAACAGGGGGCUGUGGAAAGGGCAUGGAGAAAAAAACCAUUUCUUCUCAUGUGCAGCAUUAAAGUUCCAGUCUCAUCAGAUUAUAGCGCAAGUUUGAAAUGUUAGGGUGAUGCUUUAUGCUUGUAAUUUAAGUAGCCUUUUUCCAAUAGGAAAAACCUGGAAAAUAUUCUACGGACUACUGUAAUUUCAACAUACAAUAAAUGAGUUAUGGAGGGACAUAUUUAGCUUAGAAAAACCCAGGGGAGUAAAGGUUUUCAUUUUCAACAGCAAAUGACUUUGCUUCUUCUGAAAGUGCAUCUGAUUUUGGUUUUUUUUUUUCAUAAAGUGAAGAAGUUAGUCCUAUAACCCAGCUAUACUUUUAUUUCUAGUCACAUUUAUUUCUAGUGACCAUGUCAUAAAUCUAAUCUGGAUUAAUAACCUAAAGGAAAAAUAUACAUCUAGAUCUAUAUCCAUCUCAGUUCUUCUAAGGCCAUAAUUACAGACAGGAAAGCUCUAUGUUGGUAUUUAGAGAGGUGAUGAGUUUUCCAAGAAACGGGUAGCUUUACAGUUUUGUACCUAGUUCACUGAGCAAGUGCCUCACAUUAGCAAGGCUCAAAUCAGAGAAUGGACUAUAUCCACUUUUUUUGGGGGACUCAUCCCAUAAAGGACUACAAAUACAGAUUUUAUCACACUUCACCACCUGUAUAUAAUUAAGAAGGGUAUUUUGGACUGGUUUAAAAUCUUAGAUUGAGUGGGUUAAAAAAAAAAAGAACAGGUUUUACUGGGUAUAAAUGGGUGUGUACACUUUCCACAUUACAGUGCAUUGUAGUGUAGCCAUUUAUAGCCAGGCUACCUUUGCAGCGAGUUACACUGCCACACUUGCUUAAAAAAAACCCCAACCAAACAAGCACAUAACCUACAAGAGGACUUCUGAAUCUCUACAGUUACAGAACAUAGUUCCCAGUCAUGAAAUUUGAGCAAAAACCUACAGACUAGAUGUGAGAUUCCUCCCUGCCCUUGGUAUUAAUCAGUUUGAGAUUAAUUAGCAGCUCAAGCAGUAGUCUCUCCUUCAAUUACGCUCUCUCUUUUCUAGAAACUAUAGAGUUGUAUUAAAAUUAGGUUGAACAAAGUAUAUUAUGACCUGAAAUAAGGGCUCAUUCCCGCUGGAACAGAAUACAGUUGCUUAUUGUACGAGCUUUGUACCUGAGUUCUGUAUUUUCUCCUCUUCUCUUUAAAAUAACUUUAGUUGUAAUUUAGCAAAGUACUAUUAUAUAACCAAACUAUAAAUAUUUAAGUAUCGAUUCUUCUUGUAGCACCACACCCUCCUAAACUCAUUCCUUACAAGAUGAGAUUUUACAGUUAUGAGGUGUAACCUGCCUUUUUUUUUGACCCUGUACCCUGCAAUUUACAAUUUAAACAGAACUGUAUUUAGCACCAAAAAUACAACUCUGUACCAUCCUAAAAGUUCUGUCAGAAAGUACAUUAAAUAUGAUACCACUUAACCACUUUCUUAAAUGAAGGUAAUAUUCCAGUGAAAAAUUCUCUUACCGGAGCUUGCUGACAAAAGAGCUUCCUUGUGAGAAGGUGUUUUAACAGUGCUGGUAGUUUUAUUUUUACAUCCUCUAUUCAAGGUCAACACAGAUGGCACCAUUUUAGCCUUGGGAGUGGAUACACUUUGUAGUGCGAUUGGGUCUUUCUUUGGUAUGUUUUUCCCUUGAGUUGUCCCAUCUUUCACAGAAGGCAUCUGUUUUAAGAAAAAAAAGAAAAACCAAAAAACCAGUAACAAUACAUCCCACUCACCACCACUGCGAGAAACUGAAGAUCUCCCUUUGCAGCAUCUGUAAUGAAAUACUGACCACCCAGGCAUGGGAUAUGCUUCGUUAGUCUCCAUCACACUGUGCACAUCAGCAGUUCAGAACCUCAAGGAUCAUCUCCUAAAUGGCCUUCAGCAACACAAACCUAUUAGUUUGAAGCUAAUCACUCGUAAUGACAAACACACUAAAAAGAGGUUACAGAGGUGAUUUUACAUCAGAAUUUCUUCCUCUUCCUCCCCAAACUCUAAUUAAGCAAUUCCAUUACAUGACUACACCUAAUCUCAAGAUCUUUACCAACAAGCUAUACAUAUUUAACACCCUGAGAAGUUAGUUGUCCUGUACUACCUGAAACAUCACAACCAUUACAGCAGCCUCUUGAUCUAGGUCAUAUGUCACAACACAGAAACAGGUUAAAAUUUUUCAGGUUGAGGUUCAAUAGAUAAAAAUAAAUUCAGGAGUGGACAUGGGACAGGUUUAAAAUAACCAGUUUAUAUGUAUGAAACAUCUACAUUUCAUACAGAAUUCUUGCUACAGCUUAUACACUCACUAAUUCAUGACCACUCUUGAUGUACAGUCAAACCUAUAAAGGCAAACUCAUAAGACUGUACAGCUCUUUAUAUGCUUUUCUGUGACUCAAGUCAAUAUGCAGCAAUUUGGUCCUCCUGCUGCACUUUCAACUUUUGAUUCCAAUCCUCAUCUUCAUUUUCAGAUGCUAAUCUAUAGUUUUCAGAAGAACACUUACUAAGUUUAGUCCAGCUGAUUUGUCUACUGUAUAUCAUUUAUAGAAAUUGCUCUAUUGUUUUUCCAGGCACAAGCAGAACAAUUAAUAUCACAAAGGUUUCCAUAUUGACAAUGGGGUAAAUGAAAAGCAUUCUCUUCAAUCCUCAGCACCAAAAAUAAGGACUGAAGCAGAAUCCAAGCUCUUAAAGACUUUAGAACUAAAACAGACCAUUCUUGCUUUCAUGCUUAUUUAGGUUUUCAAGUUAGAUUAUUUACUCUAAUAAAUAGUAUUAUUUAUUAAUUUCUGGUGUAAUGUUUCAAAAAUGGAUAGCUGCUUCUGUUUUACCUAAGAGCUUCCUCCACAUACUGAGCUUUACUGGAAUUUUUCUGGCAAAUCACUAAAACCUGUCAAAAAUUCAGACUACACCAGUUUUACCAUUAAUAGCUGCUGCCUCCAUUUCACCGAUUUAACAAAAGCUGUUGAACCCACAAAUCAGCAACAGGAGAAACUCUGUGUCCCUACCAUACAUCCUGAGAUCCUGGGCAACCCAACCCCAACGCUCUGCCCCUUCUUUCCCACUGUUCCUUUUCUUUUAUCCUUCUUUCAAGAGUAUUUGCAAGCAGCACAUUUCUCCUGACAGGCAGCUGACUCAUCCAGAAGUAUUUCCCAGCCAACCAGCACAUGCAUACCUCCCGGCCAGGAAGUUUACACCUUCCAGCUGGCUGACUGCCCAAAACCAGGUAUAUGCCCUCUGCAUGAGAAAUAUUUCCUGGCUACUCUUAACUAUUCUAAUGAGUCCUGGUUCUACUUCAAACAAACAAACUCCCAAAUUAUUCAAAGGAGACGGUGAAAUAAAAUGUUUCACCAA